CUUUAUGACAUUCCAGCUACCCAACUUCAUUUCAUUCUCACUGUUCAAUUGGUUGGUUGAAUUCCUGCCAUCCUCUUCUUUGAGUUGAUGUGGACUUCACCUUGCGAGUUACAAAGAUGUUUUGUGUUUUUGUGUGUAGUUUCAGUGCAUUGUCUUGUUGCUUUCACUAGUCCCUUGGUCUUCGUUCAUUCUUAAACUUCAGGAAAAAAGCAUUCUUGGUUUUUCUAACUUCAAUGUUCCAUGCCCUUCAAUUUUUUUGCUUUGGUUACUUAGAUUUUGCUUCUGAUUCUUCAUCUUGUCCAUCCAUUAUGUGCUCCUUAACUAAUGAAGUUUCUUACUUUGGAGGUAAAUUUCUGAUAUUUUCUGUAUACUAGAGGUUUUUGAGUUUGUAGUUCUGAAAAAAUGAAGCACAAGGUGGAUUCCCCUGUUGGUGUUCUUGAGAACUAUUUCAAGAGUUCAGAGUCAGAUACAAGUUCUUCUUCCAAAGAACUCUCUGUGAAUUCUGAGUCUCGAGAUAUUUCAAAAUCCAGCUCUAGGUGGCAUGCAAUUCUCCAAUUGCUGAGGACAAGGUCAAGGAAGUCCAUAUCCACAUUGCAUCCUCUCAGUAUCUUCAAACUCUCAAGAACAAUGAGCAGUAGCAUGAGGGAGAUUAUACUUCCAAGUAGUCUAAUAGGUGCAGAUUCUACCUCCUCUCACAGGUCACCCAAGAUUUUUACCCAGCAUGAGAUACAAAUUGCAACCAAUUAUUUUGACCAAGAAAAUUUGAUUGGGAAGGGUGGUUAUGCUGAUGUUUUCAAAGGGCGUUUGCCAAAUGGUCAGCUAGUAGCAGUUAAACGGUUAACUAGAGGAACAGCAGAUGAAACCACAAGGGACUUCUUAACAGAACUUGGCAUAAUGGCUCAUGUAAACAAUCCCAACACUGCUAAACUGGUUGGCUAUGGAGUGGAAGGAGGAAUGUGUGUAGUGCUUGAAUUGUCUGAAAAGGGAAGCCUAGCUUCACUGCUUCACACUAGAGGUUCCAAGGAGAAACUAGCAUGGUCUAUUAGGCAGAAAAUUGCAUUAGGGAUAGCUAAGGGUAUAUGGUAUCUUCAUGAAGGUUGUCCAAGAAGAAUUAUUCACAGAGAUAUAAAAGCUGCAAAUAUCUUGCUCACUGAGGACUUUGAGCCGCAGAUUUGUGAUUUUGGGCUAGCAAAAUGGCUACCAGAGAAUUGGACUCAUCACACAGUUUCAAAAUUUGAAGGAACUUUUGGUUACAUUGCUCCUGAGUACUUGCUUCAUGGGAUAGUAGAUGAGAAAACAGAUGUAUUUGCCUUUGGUGUAGUGUUGCUAGAAUUAGUCACUGGGAGGCGAGCACUAGACUAUUAUUCACAGCAAAGCCUUGUUUUGUGGGCAAAGCCUUUGUUGAAGAAGAAUUACAUUAGGGAGCUGGUUGAUCCUUCACUAGCCAAUGGUGACUUUGAUUGUCGGCAGGUUGAGAUUAUGCUCUUUGUAGCAUCUUUAUGCAUUCAACAAUCCUCAAUUCGUCGUCCCUCUAUGAGACAGGUUGUACAGCUUCUGAAUGGUAACCUUAGCUGCUUUAAGUCCACCAACAAAUCUCUGGACUUUCAUUCUUAGGAAAAAUAUUUCAAGAGCUCAUUGAUUCUGAUUAAUUGAAAGGAACAUGAAGCACAUAAGCAAAGCUAGCUGCACCACAGGAAUUGUGAAUUGUGAUUACAAAUGACUCAUAUUUGUAAGAGUUGGGUCUACUUUUAAAGACUUUUUUUCAAAAAAUUAUAAUAAUAUAUUUAUGUAGUUCAUAAGUCUAUUAU